AUGGGGGUAUGGGUACUGACCAAGUGCAUCUCCUCAGUUACAUACUCCUUCCUCAUUAACGGUUUGCCUAGAGGGAAGGUAGUACCGAGUAGAGGUAUCCGUCAAGGAGACCCCCUUUCUCCCUACAUUUUUAUCCUAUGUAGCGAGGUCCUCUCGGGAUUAUGUAACAGAGCGCAAGAAGAUGGAUCUCUCAAGGGAUUGCAAGUAGCAAGGGCUAGCCCUCGGAUAAACCAUCUACUGUUUGCGGAUGAUACGAUGUUCUUCCUCGACGCAAACAUUGCCAGUUGCACAGCGCUCAAGACCAUUUUGGCGGACUAUGAAACGGUCUCGGGUCAAUUGAUCAAUAAGGAGAAAUCCUCUAUCACAUUUGCUAAGAAAACCCCGGCGGAGUUUAAGCUACAGAUUAAAGAGGAGCUUGAAAUUCAGAAAGAAGGCGGGACCGGAAAAUAUCUCGGAAUGCCGGAGCACUUUGGCAGAAAGAAAAAGGACCUAUUUGCCUCGACCGUUGAUCGGGUGAAGCAAAAAGCUCGUAGCUGGUCAAACAAAUUCCUUUCGUCUGCGGGGAAAUUGGUUAUGAUCCAGAGUGUGCUAUCAGCUGUGCCUACGUAUCCCAUGACUUGUUUUGAACUUCCGGUAUCGCUUUGCAAGCGCCUUCAAUCAGCAGUCACAAGAUAUUGGUGGGAUAGUAGUGAAGACACUCGAAAGAUGGCGUGGAUUUCCUGGGAUAAAAUGGCUCAACCAAAAGCUAUGGGAGGUUUGGGCUUCCGUGAUUUCCAGAGCUACAAUUUAGCUCUCCUUGCCAAGAUAGGUUGGCGCUUACUGCACAAUCCUAAUUGCUUACUUGGACGUGUCCUAUUUGGCAAAUACUGCCAGGAGAAUGAUAUCCUCAUCGCUAAGGAAGCAUCAGCUAUGUCUCAUGGUUGGAGGAGCAUACUGUUGGGACGAGAUCUGCUAUUGGAAAACAUGGGAUGGCUGGUUGGAAAUGGAAAAUCUAUCCAGAUUUGGCAAGAUCCCUGGUUAAACCCCUGCCGAAAGGAAAGGCCGAUGGGACCUGUGCGACAAGAUUGUGUUGAUCUUAGGGUCUCUUCACUGAUGAAAGAGGAAUCCUGCGAAUGGGACCUGCAGAAAUUACGGGUGCUUCUCCCGGAUUAUGAAGAGGUGAUUCAGCGACUAAAACCAAGUCAAGCGGGGGCGCCAGAUAAAAUGGCUUGGUUAGGAACACGUACGGGAGAGUACUCAGUUAAGUCCGGGUAUUAUGCAGCUGUAGACAGGAAUCAAAACAGAGACGAGCUAGUUCCUGGUACAAAUUUUGACUGGAAAAAGAACGUUUGGAACCUAGAUGUGGCCCCAAAAGUCAAGAUGUUUGCUUGGAAGCUACUGAAGAAAGCUUUGCCGGUGGGAGAGCGUUUAUUUGAGAGACAUGUUCCAGUGGACCCUCUCUGUAAAAGGUGUGGAGGAAUUGAAUCUAUCACUCAUCUAUUUUUGCACUGUCCGUUUGCGCAACAGGCUUGGAAUAUAGCGCCUUUUGUGACGACACUGGAGAGUAGCGGAAUGGUAGAUUUAGCUGAGAUCUGGACAGCAGUUAGUACCAGAACUUGCCUUCCCCCGUCGGGAGUAACAAGUGAGACCCUUGGCCUCUGGAUUCUUUGGAACCUGUGGAAAGCGCGAAACAAAUUCGUGUUUGAAGGUCAUUCGGGUUCGCCGGAGGAUACGGUCUCGAUAGCAAUCGCUUUGGCGCGUGAAUGGGGAUCGAGCCAAAAGGAGGCUCCAGCUCCCUCGAUUGCUCGAAGCCAGAGGAACCAGAAGAAACAGAGCCCUCCCGGAACGAUGGUCAUCAGAUCGGACGCUGCCUGGAAGCACGGAGGAUCCUCAGCGGGUUUGGGAUGGGUCAUCCAUUUGCCAACAAACAUAAAGCUGUUCAAGGCAACCGAGGACUAUGUAAGCUCCCCUCUUAUGGCUGAAGCCCUUGCGCUUUUAGCAGCUAUUAAAGAAGGAGCCCACGAAGAGCUGAAGUGUGUAGCUUUUGAGUCGGAUUCGACGGAACUGAUUAGUGCUGUUAACUCGAACGCCUGUUCGCCAGUGAUCUACGGGAUUGUCGCAGACAUUCUCUCCUUUGCUUCUGUGUUUGAUUUUGUUUCUUUUUCUUGGAUCUCUCGAGAGAGAAAUGGUCAAGCGGAUAGUUUAGCUAAGGCUGCUUUGUUGGCAGCUGAAACCGAUGUGGUUGAUGGGGUUAUUCAACUCCCAACUACCAGACUUUAA